AUUUUAAUUAAAGCUGUUGAAAAAAAAAAAGAGUCAAAUUACACACGUAUACACUAUCUUCCGAAACCCUAACUCUUCUAUCUCGCCGUUGGGACUCAGCUUGGGAGGUCAAACAAUCACAAGGAUUUAACAGCAAUGGAACGAUGCAAAAAAGAUGGCGACAAUAUAAAUAAUCGAGAUGUUGUAAAGGAGGACAGGAUCAGUGAGUUGCCUGAAGCUUUGAUUCUGCAGAUAUUGUCUCUGCUUCCUACCGAAGAUGCCAUAGCCACGACCACGACUGUUUUGUCUAAACGAUGGCAGUCUCUUUGGAAGAUGCUGCCUAACCUGAAGUUUGAUUCUUUAUAUAACGGAUAUGAACUCGGAACAUUUUCAAAGAAUGUUGGCAAGGCUUUGCUUUCAUAUAAGGCUCCGGUUCUACAGAGUUUGCAUCUCAAAAUUAGUUUAGAUAAAUGUAAUGCAAAGGACACUGCAAUGUUGAUCGGAAUUGCAUUUUCCCGCAAUGUGCGCAAGCUGGUACUUGAAGUUGAACUUGGGGAACGGUUCAUAUUUCCUGAAAGCUUGUACAAUUGUGAAACACUAGAGUCCUUGAAAGUCAAGUUUUCGGUUCUUAUGGUUGUCCCUUCUUCAGUUUCUCUUAAAUCUCUUAGAACUCUAAAGAUUUACUAUGUGGACUUCAAAAACAAUGAAUCAGUUUCUAACCUUUUUUCUGGCUGUCCUAAUCUUGAAAAUUUGGUGGUGUAUCGAUCUACUUUCAGCAAUGUGAAUACUUUCACUAUUGCGGUGCCAUCCUUACAGAGACUAACAACUUGUACAUCAAAUAGUGUUGACCCGCAUGAGGGAUAUGUGAUAGAUGCUCCUUCUUUAAAAUACUUGAAGAUUAUAGGGACUAAUCAUAUUGGUUUUUUUCUGAUUAAGAAUGAACCAGAGCUGGUGGAGGCAAAUCUCACUGUUCACUAUCAGAUUGUCAAUGAGAAUCUUCUGGGAUCUUUAACUUCAAUCAAACGUCUUUCAUUGGAAAUAUUACCCUUGAAUAUUAAGUUUCCAACCCGUAUCAUCUUCCAUCAGCUGGUAUAUUUGGAGUUUCUUACAAAUGAAGCAGAGUGUUGGAAUCUCCUUACCCUCAUGCUUGAUAGUUCUCCUAAAUUGCAAGUCCUCAAGCUCAUCAAUGUAAGCAACUUUCAUAUGGAAGAUGAUCAUGUUUGGAAAUGGAAUCAGCCAAAGAAUGUUCCUGAAUGUUUGUUGUUUCACUUGGAGACAUUCAUGUGGGAAGGCUAUAAAUGGAGCCAAGAAGGUGUGAUUGAAGUGGUGAAAUACAUCCUAAGUAACACAAAUUGUUUGAAGAGAGCAACUUUCUCCUCAAAAAACAUCAGUUCUGAAGAAAGAGUUAUAAUGGUCAAGGAUUUGAGUAGUGUGGUCAUGACUUCGAAUUCAUGCCAGCUUCUUAUCGAAUGA